CUUUAAUGAUUCAAUGUUUCUAAUAAGCUUCAUUGCUAGUAGCAUUUUUCUUAUCAAAGGGUCCAUGCAAAGAUUUUUCUUAUCUGAGGUUCCGAUUUUCUAGCUUGUUUUACAUGCAACUCCCUCUAUCACGCAUGUUGUCUGCUGUUGAAUAAAAGAGACAUAAAUCAUCAGAAAAUCAUUGCAUGCCUUUUCAUUAAUGGAGGUUAUCUGGUACUUAGUUUUAUUCUCUUUCAUUUUACGAACGUCCACACUAAAAAUUAUUACUCCAGGACAGUCCAUAAAAGAUGGUGAAACUCUUAUAUCAGUUGGUGAAAGCUUUGAACUGGGAUUUUUUAGUCCUGGAAGCUCGAAGAGUAGAUAUGUUGGAAUAUGGUACAAGAAUAUUCCGAGUAGGACUGUUGUAUGGGUAGCCAACAGGGAAGCUCCUAUUUUUGAUCACUCAGGAGUUCUAAGUUUCGGUAACCAAGGAAUUCUCACACUCCUGAAUAGCACGAAAACUGUUGUUUGGUCUUCCAAUACAUCAAGAACAGCCCAGUAUCCUGUUUUACAGCUGUUGGAAUCAGGAAAUCUGGUGGCGAAAGACAGAAAUGAUAACAAUCCACAGAACUUUUUCUGGCAAAGUUUUGAUUAUCCUUGUGAUAACUUUUUACCAGGAAUGAAGCUUGGAAAGGACUUAGUCACUGGUUUUGAGAGGUAUAUAUCGUCCUGGAAAAGUGCAGAUGAUCCUGCUCAAGGGCAAUAUUCAUUAAGAAUAGAUCCCCAUGGAUUCCCACAAUUAGUUGCUAGGAAAGGAUCGCAAGUAGUGUUUAGAUUAGGGUCAUGGAAUGGUCUUUAUUUUUCACACCGGAAGCCAAAUACUAAACCAAGUCCACUAUAUUCAUAUCAGUUCGUCUUGGAUAAGAAUGAGGUGUACUACAAAUGUGAGCUCCAAAACAGUUCAGUUAUUUCGAGGUAUGCAAUGAAUCCAUCCGGCCUCAUGCAGCGAUUCUUAUGGAAUGAGAGAAAACAAGAAUGGGAGAUUUUCUCUACGGCACAGACAGAUCAGUGUACUGUCUAUGGCUUUUGUGGAGCAUAUGCUAGUUGCAACCCUGAUAGGUCUAGUCCAUGUGCAUGCCUGGAAGGAUUUGUACACAAAUCACCAACUUCCGGUGAUUGGAAUUCAAUAGAUUGGUCAGACGGAUGCAUUAGAAGGACACCACUGGCUUGUGAUAGUGGAGACAGUUUUCUCAAGCACACUCGGUUGGAAUUGCCAGACACUUCAAAAUCUUGGGCUAACAAGAGUAUGAGUUUCAAGGAGUGUGAGGAAUUGUGUUUGAGAAACUGCUCUUGCACGGCAUAUGCAAAUUUAGAUAUCAGAGAAGGAACUGGCUGCUUGCUUUGGUUUAAUGAAUUGAUUGACAUGACAGAAUUCACCGAGGAUGGACAAGACCUCUAUAUUCGACUGGCUAAGUCAGAGCUAGAUCAACUUCAAAGAAAAAUGAAGUCAAAGGAAAAGCGGAAGGCAGUAGUCAUAGCCAUCUCCAUCAUAAUAGCCACGGGAAUGAUGGUAACAAUGGUUCUGCUAUACAAACGAAAGAAAAAUCUUAGCAAUGAAGGUAAACACAAGGAAAAGAUGGAGUUGCCACUAUUUGAUUUUGCAACUAUAGUUAAUGCGACAGAUAACUUCUCAACCAGCAACAAGCUGGGACAAGGUGGCUUUGGUCAUGUAUACAAGGGUAUGUUGAAAGAGGGAAAAGAAAUUGCAGUAAAGAGACUUUCAAAGGAUUCUGGACAAGGAUUGGAUGAAUUUAAAAAUGAAGUUACACUGAUCGUGAAACUUCAGCACCGCAAUCUUGUAAAGCUAUUUGGUUUUUGCAUUAAGGGGGAUGAAAGGAUGCUAAUCUAUGAAUACUUGCCCAACAAAAGUUUAGACUACUUUAUUUUUGAUAAAACAAGAAACAAAUUGCUGGACUGGCAUAGGCGCAUGCACGUUAUAGAUGGAAUUGCUCGAGGGCUUCUUUAUCUCCAUCAUGACUCUAGACUAAGGAUUAUCCAUAGAGAUCUAAAAGCCAGUAACAUAUUACUAGAUAAUAGUAUGAAUCCGAAGAUUUCAGACUUCGGCUUGGCUAGGAAGUUUGGAGGAGAUCAGACUGAGGACAAGACAAGAAGAGUGGUUGGAACAUAUGGUUACAUGUCUCCAGAGUAUGCCUUUCAUGGGUGUUUCUCAAUGAAAUCUGAUGUCUUCAGUUUUGGAGUUUUGGUUCUGGAGAUAAUAACAGGGAAGAGAAGCAGAGGCUACUCAGAUCAUGACCAUAAUCUUCUUGGACAUGCAUGGAGAUUGUGGAUUGAAGAGAGGCCAUUAGAACUAAUCGAGAACACAUUAGGGGACUCCUACAUUAUAACUGAAGUUUUAAGAUGUAUCCAUGUAGCUCUCUUAUGUGUGCAACAACGCCCUGAAGACAGACCGAACAUGUCAUCUGUGUUGCUUAUGUUGGGUGGUGAGAGUACAUUACCUCAACCAAAUCAGCCUGGUUAUUUCAUUGAAAAGAAUCUGCCAUCAGGCAAACAAUCAUCUUCAUUAAAUGAAUUCACCAUUACAAUAGAGGCAAGAUAGAAGAGCAUCAUAUCACUAAAAUUUUGCAAGGUGACUACGAAUUACUGAAAAUUUUGAAACAUUUUCGGUUCAGGAAGUUCCGCAUUUAAAUUUCACUAUCAUUUGACACCCUAGCAGGAUAGUUUUUCUCAAAGGAUGCCUCAUGAAAGUUGCUAUCUUCCAAGGUUUUUAGCUUGUUUUUCUUGAUAUAUUGUAU